GCAUCUACAAAUUUAUCUCCAGCCUCAACUCCACGCCAUACAACCCACAACGCAACCAUGGCUUCCGCAACUCCCGUCUCGAUCGUCUGCGUAGGCAUGGCCGGUUCCGGCAAAACCACCUUCAUGCAACGCAUCAACGCGCACCUCCACCAAAAGAAGACCCCCCCCUACGUCAUCAACCUCGACCCCGCCGUGCGCACCGUCCCAUUCGAGUCCAACAUCGACAUCCGCGACUCGGUGAACUACCAAGAGGUGAUGAAGAGCUACAACCUCGGCCCCAACGGCGGGAUCCUCACCUCGCUGAACCUGUUCGCCACGAAGAUCGACCAGAUCGUCACGCUGCUCGAGAAGCGCACCCUUCCGGACCCCGCGAACCCGGCCAAGAAGCCCAUCGAGCAUAUCCUCGUUGACACGCCGGGGCAGAUCGAGGUGUUUGUGUGGAGUGCGUCGGGGAGUAUUUUGCUCGAUUCGCUGGCGUCGAGUUUUCCGACGGUGGUGGCGUAUAUUAUUGAUACGCCGCGCACGGCGUCGACGAGCACAUUUAUGAGCAAUAUGUUGUAUGCGUGCAGUAUCUUGUAUAAGACGAAACUGCCGAUGAUUUUGGUGUUCAAUAAGACGGAUGUUAAGGAUGCGGAGUUUGCGAAGGAGUGGAUGACAGAUUUUGAGGCGUUUCAGGAGGCGUUGAGGGCGGAGGAGGAGGAGGGAAGCUUUGGUGGGGUUGAGGGGGGGGUGGGUGUUGGUGGGGGGAGUGGGUAUAUGGGGUCGCUUUUGAACAGUAUGAGCUUGAUGUUGGAGGAGUUUUACAGCCAUCUGAGUGUUGUCGGCGUCAGCUCCAUGACCGGCGAUGGGAUCGAUCAGUUUUUCGAGGCGGUGCAAGAGAAGGCUGACGAGUUCAACCGCGAUUACAAGCCCGAGCUUGAGAGGCGGCGGAAGCAGCGCGCCGAUGAGAAGACUGCGGGCAGAGAGAAGGAGCUGGGGAAACUGAUGAAGGAUAUGGCUGUUUCUGGGGAGAGGUCAAAUGCGCCAGAGGAGAAGGUUGAUAUGGAUGUUAUCAGUGAUUUGGAGGACAGCUCGGACUCUGAUGCUAAUGCGGAGGGUGAUGAGGGAGAGAGGGAAGAGGGGCUUAAGUCGAGGUAUAAAGAGGCGAUGCAAAAGUCGGGGGGUAUUACCGACGAGGACAACAGCUUCACGAGAUACGUGAGGUCGAGUCAGAUGGGCAUGUAGGGGUUGGGGGAUUUGUUAGGAACUGGCGUUCGUGGAGGCAUUGCAAGGCGCAUCUGAAUACCACAAAAUGAAAUAUAUUAUGAAUGCUU